AUGCCCCACGAGGACUCCGAGACCAUGAUGCCCGUAUGCGUCGACGGCGGUCUCACACCCGUGCUGAACGCGCUCGAUGAGAAGUUGGAACCGGACACACAGAUCACUAACUACGAGCUGGCGCCGUUGAACGACAAGAGUCUCACUAAAGUGCCCCAGGAACUGGAAGCGCAGUCGGUCGCGGAAGAAGCAUCUACCGAUUCCGCCUUUGAGGCUCCGGAGGAAGACGUGGACGACUCGGACUCCGACUGGUCGUCGUCCACGCCCCAAGGCUUGUUUCCAGAACAGGUAGAAGUUCCGGCGUAUACGCUACUGAACCAAAUUGGCGAAGGUGCAUUUUCGAAAGUUUUCCGCGCGGUGCCGGCUGCGGGGAGCAGUCGGGCCUUCUUGUGCAAGAAUUACAGGCAACUCGCGGUCAAAGUGAUCUCUAAGAAGCAAUUAAACUCGCACAAGAACAACGACAAAAGCAAAGCCACUACUAAAGAGCAAGUCCUCAAAGAAGUGGCGAUCCAUCGUACCGUUUCAGCGGGCGAAAACGUGGUGUCGUUUGUGGAUUUUUUCGAGUCCGAACACUAUUUCUUCAUCGUCCAAGAGCUGCUCUCGGGCGGUGAGAUUUUCGGGGAGAUUGUUCGUCUCACGUAUUUCAGUGAGGAUCUGUCGCGCCACGUGAUCCGGCAACUGGCACUCGCAGUACGCCACAUGCACUCCCUGGGGGUUGCCCACCGUGACAUCAAGCCCGAAAACUUGCUGUUCGACCCGAUCGAGUUUAUCCCCUCGCCUCGUCGCGUUUUCCGCAAGUCUGACGACCCCAAGACCAAAGAAGACGAGGGUGUGUUCCGCCCCGGUGUGGGCGGUGGUGUGAUCGGAACCGUCAAGCUUGCGGAUUUUGGCCUCUCGAAACAGAUUUACGCUACGAAUACCAAGACGCCUUGCGGUACAGUCGGUUACACUGCCCCCGAGGUCGUGAAGGACGAACGCUAUUCCACUCAGGUCGAUAUGUGGGGGAUCGGGUGUGUGUUGUACACGAUGCUGUGCGGAUUUCCUCCUUUCUACGACGAGAAAAUCGACGUUCUCACCGAGAAAAUCUCGCGCGGUGAAUAUACGUUUUUGCGCCCGUGGUGGGACGAAAUCAGUGACGGAGCCAAAUACGCAGUGCGGCGUUUGCUAGAGGUUGACCCCGGCAAGCGUUACGACAUUGAAGAAUUUUUGGCCGAUCCAUGGCUCAAUAAUUGCGACAGUUUGCGCACACAAGAAGCGGCGGCGGCUGCCGCACAAGCAGACGCGGGCGUCGAUUCCAAACUGAAAAAACACAAGAAUUACUCUAUGGAAAACGUGCACACUUCGAACAAAAAGAAGAAACACGUGCACCGCGCGUUCAAGCGCGAUUCGUCGUUGCUGUACUCUCCCGCGGCCGUAGCCAUGCGCGACGCGUUCGAAGUCAACAACGCGGUGCAGAGAAAGGAGCAAGUCACGCGACAUACGUCUACGGGCGUGAAGCUCGCACUGCUGGAAGAAAACGAGGAGGCCAGUCUCGAAAAUGACAUGUUUCAGUUGAGCAUAAACUCGUCUACGAUACUGAACAGAAGGAAGAAGCGGGAAGUGCCGAUCGCGGUAGAAGCCGCGGUGGGCGAAUAA